AUGUCUGCCAUGAAGCUGGCAGAAGCCCUACUGGCGAACAUCCAGAAACAAGCAGGACAUCUGAGUCUAAAUUCGGCUCAGUUUCUCAAUUGGCAGUCCCCCGUCAACAGGCUACCACCAGACGUCCUCAGCAUGAUUUUCCAGUUCGUCCCCGACCUGCCUUACACAGAACUGGACUAUGUCCUAUGGGGCGAUAACGGGUCCCCUCCAUGGCUACCCUACUACGUGAACGUGGGUCCUUGCGUCCAACUGACGCAUGUGUGCCGUUACUGGCGUCACCUCACACUGAACUUGCCUACGCUUUGGGCGAAUGUCGUCGACUCCGAACGUAGCGACGUGCCUAUAAGCGUCGUGUUGCAACGCUCCCAGGCCGUACCUCUAAACAUCAGUCUGCUUGGUCGCCCUUCACCCGGCAUGUUGUCGUUCCUGUCGUACGGAGGCACUGAACGCGUCCGGUCGGUGUGGUGGGAGGGUGACAGUAGCAGGGAAUGUCCGAUCUAUCUCAACUUCCCCGCUCCGAAGCUGGAGUCUGUCUCAUUGAUGGGUGAAGUGACCGAGCAGGACCGACACGUGAGGGUGUCUUCCAUCUUCAAGGGACAUACGCCGCGCAUACAGCAGUUAUUCCUAGCGUCCAUGUCCUGGCUGCCAUCGAAUAAUAUGCCUUCUCUCACUCAUCUCAACCUCUCAGGGUACGCCUGCCCCGGCCUUUCCUCAAAAAUUCUAUCCUUACUUGAGAGGACACCCAAUCUUGUCGACCUUGGGCUCUCCAAUAUUCGUGACUCUUCCAUCCUCCCAGAAUCCCGCGUCAUUUCGCUCCCAAGGUUGCGGAGGUUCAGCUAUCGACCAGGAGAUGGCGCUACAGGCCUUGGAUCGAUCCUUCCGCACCUCGCCCUCGCGGACGACACGGCGUUGUGCAUGCACGUCGCCGCCCCAGAAGAGCUAGCAAGGCCCGUGGGGCUUUCUCAUUUACCCGCGGUGAAGACUGUUGUCAGGGCCUGCGUCGUGCAGGACGUGUAUGUAUGCGACUUUAUGGCUGUGGGGCCCGCCUCCGGCUUCGACGUCUGCAUCUACACUGCAGACUCUGAAGACUUUGAUGCGAUGCUCAAGCUCGCAUUGGAGGAGCUGCCUCUGGUGCAGAUUAAGGAAUUGUGGGUAGUCGAGAACCCCGUCUGCUGUGAGAUGACGCCGAGCGGACGGGACAGCUUCAGGUCGGUGUUGCACAGCAUGCCGGAUCUCGAGAACCUAGUGGUUAUGGAGGAGAGCCUCGAUAACCUAGUCGAUGCCCUCCUGGCAUCUCCAGAUCCGUUGCGGCCACCGCUCUCGCGCAAGAACAUGACGGUCCACAUUAUCAUGGAACGUUCAGGGGUGGAUCCAUCGACCGUUUCAAGCCUCAUAGGGCGGCUCAAAGAGGUCGAUGUCGCACACAUAAUCAUCGGGUAUCACAAAACCUACACUGGACCUCGGUUCGACGACGCCCCUUCCUUGUUGCGAGGGUUCGAGUCGGUCGAGUCGAGAUACCACAACACGCUGCCUCUCAUGGACAUGCCGCCCGUGUGCACUACCUACUCGCAUUUCUACUGGCCGUCAUGGUUGGAGUCGUGGCCGCGGCAGCUCGAUCGGUCUGAAUAA